UCUCUCUCUCUCUCUCUCUCUCAGGUUCUAUGCAGCAGAGAUUGCCAUAGGUCUGUUCUUCCUUCAUCUGAAAGGAAUCAUCUACAGGGAUCUGAAGCUGGACAACGUCAUGCUGGAUGCAGAAGGACACAUUAAGAUCGCGGACUUUGGGAUGUGCAAAGAGAACAUGUUAGACGGUGUCACCACCAAGACCUUCUGUGGGACCCCAGACUACAUCGCUCCUGAGAUCAUUGCGUACCAGCCCUAUGGGAAGUCAGUGGACUGGUGGGCCUUUGGAGUUCUGCUGUAUGAGAUGCUGGCUGGACAGCCUCCCUUCGACGGUGAGGACGAGGAUGAGUUGUUCCAGUCCAUCAUGGAGCAUCACGUCUCCUACCCCAAGUCUAUGUCCAAGGAAGCUGUCGCCAUCUGCAAAGGG